UUGGGAUUGGACCCAUGUCCCUUCUUUCUCUCUCUCUCCCUCUCUCUCUCUCCAUUUCCUCCUUCCAUACCGAGUGUUAGAGAGGAGAUAAGAAGCGGUAGGCCUCAGUGAAGCCUCGGCCUGGCGUGAUGUCGGAGCCGAAAGCGGCCGCUCCGGCGCCCGGAGACACCUACAAGGGCUGGCUGUUCAAGUGGACCAACUACAUCAAGGGAUACCAGCGACGGUGGUUCGUCCUGAGUAACGGCCUGCUGUCCUAUUACAGGACCCAGGCGGAGAUGGGCCAUACAUGUCGCGGCACUAUAAAUCUGGCCACAGCCAACAUCGCUGUGGAGGACUCUUGCAACUUCGUGAUCUCAAAUGGCGGUGCACAGACGUAUCACCUGAAGGCGAGCUCUGAGGUGGAGCGGCAGCGCUGGAUCACGGCCCUGGAGCUCGCCAAGGCCAAAGCAGUGCGCAUGCAUGCCGAGUCAGAUGACUCUGGGGAUGAGUGUGCAUCCUCUCCACCGAUAGCAGGUCAGGGCAUUGGGGCUCGUAACUCAGAGGUCCAGUCCACGUUGAGAACUCUGGGAAGUAAAGUGGAGGACCUCAGUACAUGCAAUGACCUCAUCGCCAAACACGGCUCUGCCCUCCAAAGGUCCUUGUCUGAGCUGGAGAGCAUUAAGCUGGGUGGGGAGACGAGCGAUAAAAUCCGGCAGGUGACAGAGAGGGCCACGCUGUUCCGCAUCACGUCGAAUGCCAUGAUCAACGCGUGUCGGGACUUCCUGGCCCUGGCUCAGGCUCACAGUAAGCGGUGGCAGAAAGCUCUCCAGGUCGAGCGGGAGCAGAGAGUUCGUUUGGAAGAGACUCUGGAGCAGCUGGCCAAGCAGCACAACCAUCUGGAGAGAGCAUUCAGAGGAGCCACGGUACUGCCUGCCUCGUCCAGUAACCCCACAGCCGACAGUAAAGGCUCAUCUGCAGCAAAGGGUGAUGCCAGUGAUGAUGAGGAGAACGAGUUUUUCGAUGCGUGUGAGGAGUUUAUCACUGUCCCAGCUGACCCCAAAUACCACAGGAGGUCUGGCAGUAAUGUCAGUGGGAUCAGCAGUGAGAUGGUGAUGGACGACGGCACCACAUCGCUGGAUGAGCAGUCUCUGACGUCCAAUCCGGAGUCUCCUCACUCCCAGGAGGUGGAGCCAGUGAGGAGGAGGCGGACCCGAAUCCCAGACAAACCCAACUACUCGCUCAACCUCUGGAGCAUCAUGAAGAACUGCAUCGGCAAAGAGCUCUCCAAAAUCCCCAUGCCUGUGAACUUUAACGAGCCGAUCUCCAUGCUGCAGCGUCUGUCGGAGGAUUUGGAGUACUCUGAGCUGCUGGACCGAGCCGCCAAGUGUCAGAGCUCACUGGAGCAGCUGUGUUACGUAGCGGCCUUUACAGUGUCGUCUUACUCCACCACCGUACACCGUACAGGAAAACCCUUCAACCCUCUGCUGGGGGAAACAUUCGAGCUUGACCGCCUGCAGGAGAGUGGAUACAGGUCCCUCUGUGAACAGGUGAGUCAUCAUCCUCCUGCAGCAGCUCAUCACGCUAUCUCUGAGCGAGGCUGGACCCUGAGGCAGGAAAUCACUGUGGCCAGCAAGUUCCGGGGCAAAUACCUCUCCAUCAUGCCCCUUGGCUCUAUUCACUGUAUAUUUGAGAAGAGUAAUAAUCACUACACCUGGAAGAAAGUGACCACCACCGUGCACAACAUCAUUGUAGGAAAGCUGUGGAUAGACCAGUCAGGAGAGAUUGAUGUGAUAAACCACAGGACAGGAGAUCGCUGCCACCUGAAAUUUGUUCCUUACAGCUACUUCUCUAGAGAUGUGGCCAGAAAGGUUACAGGUGUGGUGACUGAUAAGGACGGUAAAGCUCACUACGUGCUCUCAGGGACGUGGGAUGAGAAGAUGGCGUGUUCCCGUGUAAUGCAGAGCAGCCGAGGAGGAGAGAAUGGGACGGAGGGACGCCAGAAAACCGUCUACCAGACACUCAAACCUCGAGAACUAUGGAAGAAAACGCCUCUGCCAGAUGGAGCAGAGAACAUGUAUUACUUUUCAUCACUGGCACUGACACUGAAUGAGGCUGAAGACGGGGUGGCCCCCACAGACAGCCGGCGACGCCCCGAUCAGAGACUGAUGGAACAGGGGCUGUGGGAUGAAGCCAAUGCUGAGAAACAGCGGCUGGAGGAGAAACAGCGUGCUGUGAGACGGGAGAGAGAGAGAGAGGCUGUUCAGCUCGCCAAUACUGAGGAUAGUGAGGCCUUUCCUGACGACACCACCUCUGACCUCUCACUCUCAAUCGACACUCUGCACAGCUCACACUCCACCCCUUACUCAUGCGUCCCGCAGGACAACUACAAGGCCCUUUGGUUCGAGCAGCAUGAAGACCCGAUGACUGGAGAAUCCACGCAUAUCUACAAGGGCGGGUACUGGGAGGCUAAAGAGCAUGGUGACUGGCACGGUUGCCCCGAUAUUUUCUGAAUUAGCACUGUGUGCACCCCUGUCUACAGAGUGGACUAUUCCAACAACAAUAAAGGAAAAAAAUGCAUUAAAUCAGCCUGCUUGCUUUCUUCUUGCUGGAAAACUGGAUGCUUAUCUGGACUUCCACAUCUGUCUUUUCUCAGAAAGAUUGCCACCUUCACUCUACCCCUCCACCUUAAACAGGAAAUACCAAAGGGGCAUACGGUACUUGUGACUCCGCCCACUGCUGUAUGAUUUCCUGUUCUCCUCUCCUCUCUGUCAGUGUUAACUCUCUUAAGGGAAUGGACGUGUCUUCCACGGGGCGUGGCCUAUAGGAGUACGGCUUAUCCAGGCCGAUCCCACACAGAUUACUCUUAUCUACAUGAAACGACUUGAGGAUCAUGAAGGACAUGGUUUUGGGGUUUAAUGGGUCGAUGUUUGUUUGUUUUUUCACGCAAUCAUUUAUUUAAAAUAAAAAAUAAAAUAAAAUCGCUCAUUACAGUUCCCGAGCGCCAUGGAAAAACAACUUGCACUAAACCGUGUAGCAGAGUUACACAAUGACUAGUGCCUGUGUGGUGUCACUUACACACUCCCUUCACACGUGUGUGUGUGUGUGUGUGUGUGUGUGUGUGUGUGUGUGGAGAGGUCGUAUAAGGUUGAGAGGGACCUCUUUAAAUAAUGAACUCGUCGUUUCCAUGUGUAUGUGUGGAAAUUUUAUCGUAUGUUGUGUUGAUUGGGGAAAUAUAAAUCAUGUUUUAUUUUCAAGUGUACUUACAUUUAAGCAAAGUCACACAGAGUAAACUGACAAUUAUAUGUGUAUGUGAGCUAAUGAAGUAAUGUUAGUGCUGAUAUGAAUUAACACUGGGAGGUUAAGCAGCUCGGGGAGCGUGUUUUGAGGAACAGUAUGAUUUUUCUCAGUGAUUUUCUUGCAGUCUGUUGAAGGGAAACAGUCAAUGCUUUAAUGUUUUUUUUCUGUUUUAGUCUAAAAUAUUUGCCCUUUUUGUUCAGACACGGCCACUCAUACUAAUUUUUUUUUUUUUCUCUUCAAAGUUACUUUAAGUCACAGUAGAAUUGUUUGUUGAAAGGUUUUUAUUUUUUGGUGUAAUCUUUUUCAAUUAUUUCCCUUGUAUUUCUAGCUGUAAAUUGUUUGGAUAUUUUUUCCCCUUUUUCUUUUUUUAUUAUUUUAAUUUGGUUCUCUCUCUUGAUCUCUGCUGUGACAGUAUAGACCGAGUGUAGAAAUGCUGCAGGAUAUAACACGAAUAAAAAUAAAGUCGAUUUCUCCUCA